AUGAAGCGGCGAUACCUCAAUGCCAUGGCUUUGGUUCAACGCUUUGGCAAGCCUGAUUUGUUUCUCACAAUCACUUGUAAUGCAAACUGGCCAGAGAUCAAGGCAGAACUAGCUCCUGGAGAAACAGCUCAGAACCGGCCAGAUCGUGUUGCCCGUAUAUUUCGAUCGAAAUUAAUCUGUCUGAAAAAACAAAUCAUGAAGAAGCAUAUUUUUGGGAAAGUGGCUGCUAUGAUAUAUGUCAUUGAAUUUCAAAAAAGAGGUCUUCCUCAUGCACAUUUCCUUAUUAUCCUGAAGCCUGAUUACAAAUUGAAAACAUCUUCUGAUUUUGAUCGUUUUGUCUUUGCUGAGCUACCACCCCACAACUCCCCAGAUCUACGAAAAAUAAUAGUACGCCAUAUGAUUCAUGGCCCCUGUGGAGAAGCAAACCCUACAUGUCUAUGUAUGGUUGCCAAAAAUAAUAACUCUGUCUCAUGCAAAUAUGGCUACCCAAAACAAUUCUAUGAAGAAACAACAAACCAUGAUGAUGGAUAUCCAGUGUACAAGAGACGAGAUACAGGAGAAAGUGUCCGAAUUCGAGGUUCAAACCUUGAUAAUCGUUGGGUUAUUCCAUACAAUCCAUACCUUUCCGCGUUGUUUGACUGUCAUCUCAAUGUAGAAGUCUGCUCAUCUAUUCAGGUUGUUAAGUACUUAUACAAAUAUGUUUACAAAGGGCAUGACAGAGUAUCUUUUAAUGUUGUUGGUGAAGAAAAUCAGGCCGUUGAUGAAAUUCAAAGGUUCCAGUCUGGUCGAUGGGUUUCACCAUGUGAGGCAGCUUGGAGGAUUUUCGGCUUUGACUUAUUUGAGAUGCACCCCCCUGUGCAGCACCUAGUGCACUUGGAAAACAUGCAAACAGUUCAGCUAAGGAGUCAUGAGCAACUUGAUUCUGCAGUGGGAUGCCACUGCAAAGGCAUGGUUUCAGAGACAAAACAAGAAACUGGUCAUAGGUCGGCUGGCAUGCUUACACCUGCAGAAGGAGAACGCUUCUUUUUACGGCUGCUUCUUAGCAAUGUACGCAGUCCCAAAUCGUUUCCUGACCUCCGGACUGUGAAUGGAGUGCUAUGUGCCACUUUUCAUGAAGCAGCUAUUAAAAGAGGGCUAUUUGAAGAAGACAAUGUUGUUUAUUCCUGUUUGUCUGAAGCUGCAGAAAUUCAUAUGCCAGGAGCCUUACGUCGACUAUUUGCAGCUGUAGAUAAACUCAAUUCAGCUCAGCAAAUUGCCUUUGACAAAAUUAUUUCUCACGUUCAAGCAGAAAAGCCUGGUUGUUUCUUUGUUGAUGGCCCUGGAGAGACUGGAAAGACCUUUUUGUAUAAUUCUCUAUACGCAGAAGUGCGCUUGGCAGGGAAGAUUGUGCUUCCAACGGCAACAUCAGGAAUAGCUGCAGCAAAUAUACCUUCUGGCAGGACAGCACAUUCACGGUUUAAAAUUCCACUUGAUUCGGAAACAUCGCUCGCAUGUGAUGUUCCUAAACAAGGCAGCUUGGCUGCUUUGAUUAAAGAAACAACAUUGAUUAUCUGGGAUGAAGCUUCAAUGGCAAGGAAGGAGAACAUUGAGUCUAUUGAGCUCCUACUCCGUGAUCUCUGUGAUCCAGAUCAGCCAUUUGGUGGAAAAGUUAUAGUCUUCGGUGGAGAUUUCAGGCAGGUUUUACCAGUUGUUCCUCACAAGAUUCAAAGAGAAGCUGUUGCAACAAGCCUGGUUAAUUCACAUAUUUGGCCUUGGUUACAAAAUUUACAUCUGACUAAAAACAUUAGAGCUAAAGCAGAUCCCCCAUAUGCAUCAUUUUUGCUGAGUUUGGGAAAUGUUCAGCUUCAGGCAACUGAGAAUGCUUUUGUGGAAGUUCCUCCUCACAUUGUGAAUUAUUAUCAACAAGCCGAGGAACCUAUUGAUUAUCUAGUUGAUGCUGCUGCUUUCCCUGAAUUGCAACAACCUGCCUUUACACCGGAUAUUUUCACAGAAAGGGCAAUCCUAACCCCAUUAAAUGAUGCAGUUGACUCAAUCAACAACUUUCUGAUUGACAAGUUCCCAGGAGAAGCAGUUGUUUAUAGAAGUUUUGACAGUAUCCUAGAUGAUAGUUGUGCAAUAUACCCAGCAGAAUUCUUGAACCAGCUUGCCCCGAGUGGUAUGACACCACACGAGCUAGUCCUAAAAGUUAACAGCCCAGUGAUCUUGCUGAGGAAUAUUGAUCCUGCCGAUGGCCUAUGCAAUGGCACACGUCUCAUAUGCAAGUAUUUCAGAAGAAAUGUUAUUGUUUGUUCAAUAGCAAUUGGUCAUCGUAAAGGAGAGCUUGUAUUCAUCCAUCGUGUGAACCUUCGGCCUCCAUCAUCAGCAAAAUAUCCGAUUCAGUUUGAGCGAAUCCAAUUUCCUCUAAAACUCAGUUUUGCAAGGACUAUCAACAAAUCUCAAGGACAAACACUAAGCCAAGUCAUGGUUUAUCUCCCACAACCAUGCUUCUCACAUGGUCAAUUGUAUGUUGCAUUGUCAAGGGCUAAGAAAUCGGAAAAAGUGACUGUGAUCACACCCCAGCCUACUGAAAUUCACAGCACACCAGUUCUGAAAAACAUUGUGGCUUAUGAUGUCUUGCGACUAUCUGGCAUAACAUGA